AUGGACUCUUCAAAGGCUCCCGUUAAGCUUGCAACUGUUACCAAAGUCCUCGGUCGCACGGGCUCUCGAGGAGGCGUCACUCAAGUCCGCGUAGAAUUUAUGGACGACACAUCUCGUAGUAUCAUCCGGAACGUGAAAGGCCCCGUCCGCGAAAAAGACAUAUUAGCACUGCUCGAAAGUGAGCGUGAGGCAAGGCGGUUGCGCUGA